GGCGAAGGAUAUAGUCUUUUCUAUCCAAUGCGAUUCUAUGGCGUGGCAGCUGUAUUGUUUUGAUUAGGAGGAUCAUUUAUACAGCUGUGUCCUGUAGGCUCAGCAGUCAUGGAUGAGCAGACAGGCUCUCCUGGAGCCAACACAGACAACAGCAGCCAGAGAAAUGGAGAAGAGAAGUCCCGACGUGGCAGCUGGACCAAGGGGAGGAAGAGGAAGAAGCCAGUGAAGGACAGCAAUGCACCCAAGGCCCCCCUGACGGGCUACGUUCGCUUCAUGAACGACAGGCGAGAGCAACUACGUGCUGAGCGCCCGGAUGUCCCCUUCCCAGAGAUCACUAGGAUGCUGGGCAACGAGUGGAGCAAGCUGCCCGCUGAGGAGAAGCAGCGCUACUUGGACGAGGCAGAGCGAGAUAAGGAGCGCUACAUGCGGGAGCUGGAGAAGUACCAGAAAACAGAGGCAUACAAACAUUUCACCAGGAAGGUCCAGGAGAAGCAGAAAGGCAAGAGGCACAGGGGAGAAGGUGGGCACCAGGUAGCCAACGAGGCCCUCCAUGAGAAGGACACGGAAGGAAAGGACAGAUCUGUGUUUGACAUCCCCAUCUUCACUGAGGAGUUUCUCAACCACAGUAAAGCACGUGAGGCUGAAAUGCGGCAGCUGCGCAAGACCAACAUGGAGUACGAGGAGCGCAAUGCGGCGCUGCAGAAGCAUGUGGAGAGCAUGCGCGGGGCAGUAGAACGUCUGGAAGGCGACGUGAUGCAGGAGAGGGGACGCAAUGGGCUCCUGCACCAGCACCUGGAGACCCUGCGCCAGGCCCUCACCUCCAGCUUCUCCUCCAUACCUCUGCCAGGCAGUGGAGAGACGCCCACUCUUGAAUCCAUUGACUCCUAUAUGAAGAAGCUCCACAGUAUCAUUGUCAGUAACCCCCACGAGCAUGAGAGCCUCAUCAACACCGUGAGAGAUGUGGUCAACCGUUUAGACAGAUAAUUUGACCAAGUUCCACUGAUUUGAUGAGCUGAGAUUCACUCUGAUCUCAAGAAAUCGCCGUCCCCGAAGCUGACACCUCUGUCCAUGUUGGUGACCCUUCUGGUCACUGUCUCAUCCCAUUUGAUUUUAAAGCAACAAUUACUAUUCUGGUAAGGUGGUGUAGUGUCUCAGAUUAAUUUAUUGCUUUAUUCAUUUUUAAAAGUCUGUUAACACUUUGUUAAUAUAGUUGUAGUUUGUUGCUACCUUGAAAGACCUCAUCACUCGUGGCUUCUGCUCACUGUUGAUUCAAAUGCUUUCUCUCUAUUUAGACCUCUUAAGUAUUUUGUGUCUGAUGUAAAGAAAUUUGCCAGUGUCAUUUGUAUUUCAACAUAUUCAGGCAAAAUUGUUCAGUGAAGUUAUUCAUGCAUUGUUGAGGAAAAAGUGAUGUACUUUCUUGUUUUGUUUUUUGUUUUGUUCUAUUUUUUUUUUAAAGUGUGUUUUCAAUAAACAUUUUACAUGAUACCA